AAUCCUUUCCUUCGAUCUCUUUUCCCGGAUGAAUUGAAGCUCAUUCCCAGCAAUGCUCGCAGCGAUUCUGACGGCUGGAUCUUGAGCGAUGUCAUGGGCAACAACUCCUUCUUUCGCAGUCAAUUCAUCCAGUGCUCAUACCAAAUCAGCGGCGGCUAUGGACCCACUCCGCGGUACAUAUACUAUAUCCUGGCCCUGCUGUCGGUUUUUGGACGCGAGCAAUUGUGGGUGGUGAGCGCCGCCCUCGGCUCUGUGAUGGUGUACAGCGCAGCCGCGGCUAUCCACGCGUUUGUCCUGGUUACCAUGAGAACGCGGCUGGCGCCGGACGUCAUGAUUAAAAACCACGAAGUCGUGCUGGUUCAGGGUACAUCAGAAACUGGACAAGAGGAGCCGGCGCGAGAGAAUGGACCGGUUUGGAUGCCGGUUCUGCCCAUGGCAUGGGAAAACGACGCCGAUCCCGUGUUGGCAAUAGUCGGCACGGCAUUCCUGCUGCUUCUCCCCAUGCAGAUAUGGUCCAAGACUCUGGAAAAGGCCAAGGCCGAGCAUAAGCGGGUCGUGUUUGCAUGGGCGCUGCUUCUCUUUGCGGGACUCAUUGCGGCGCUGGUGAACGCAGCAUACGUAACCCUCGUUGCCUUCCCGCAGAUCAGAUUCUGCCCCAUGGACCGAGCUGACAGUUUGCCUCUCUCCAACCCCGACGUGGACGAAGGCAUCGAGGCCUGGGACAACAAGGACUGGUAUCGCUGGAACCGAACCGUCAUGAAGCAUUUUGUGGAUGGGAACACAACAGGACCUUUGGCUACGGCUUGCUACUACCCAUGUUUCGGGACGUCGUGGCCACUCCGAGACAGCUCGGAAAUCUACGUAGUCGAGGGAUGGUACGGCGCGGCAUCGGAUGCCGAUGUUGGCAUCGGAUUACUUUUUGGCGUGUAUCUUGCGGUUGGCAUGUUUACCGCCUCGUCGCUCACUGUUGCCUCCCUGUCCAACAUUUCUUGCAUCCGGGCAAAUUGGAGGCCGUUGGAUGUCAAAUCUUCGCUUCACAAUCUCUGGGAAACAUGGCACUCGCACACGUUGUCCGUCCUUGGGAAAUCGUGGCGCAUCUUUUUGAGGUUGUGGAUUCUCUACAAUCUCGUGGUCGCGAGAUUUCUGAGUCCCAUUAUUCUAACGGCAUUCGUAGUGACCAUGGAAUGGUACAUGUGGACAGCUGAUCCAGGCGGAGAAAGCUUUAAGCACGUCGGCCAGUGGAGUGUCUUGGUCGGUGCGAUGCUU